AUGAAUGAAUUUGAAGAUACCAUUCCCCACUUAUUCAGAUGCCCGAUCAGUUUAGAUUUGUUUGAAGAUCCUGUAACUUUAUGCACGGGCCAAACCUAUGACAGGUCAAGCAUAGAAAAAUGGCUGGCUGCAGGUAACUUCACAUGCCCUGUCACAAUGCAGAAGCUUCAUGAUCUAUCCUUUGUUCCAAAUCACACUCUUCGCCACUUGAUCGAUCAGUGGCUUCAACUGAGUCUCCAAUUUGACCCUGGUAACUCUGCAACUGCAACUAUCUAUUCUUUAGCUGCUCUGAAACGCACCCUUGAAUCUCAUGAGAGCAACUUCGAGAACAAGCUUCAAGCACUUGAGAAAAUCAGUGUCUUAUCUGAUGAGUAUUGUUCUUUUAAGAAAUCAUGUUUCCUCCAAUUGGAUUUCUUACCACUACUCUUGGAACUAGUUUUUGGAAGAGUAGAUGCUCAAGUAUUAAAAAAUCACAUGGUGUUUAUAGAGCUAGCACUUUGUUGCAUUCUAAAAUUGCUUCCUCUAGGUAGUUUGGAUCCUCUAAAUAUGAUCAAAGAUGAGUCAAAAUUAGCCACAUUUAUUCUAUUAUUUCAAAAGGGAACUAGCUCGGUUAAGAUUAGCUUGUGUCAUCUUAUAGAGUCAGCAUCAUCAUCUCAGACAGAAGAGUUAUGUUGUGUUCUUGGAAACUCUCGCGUACUAGUGCAUGAGAUUGUUCUAGUUGCUAGCCAAAAUUGUGAGGCUUCUGAGGAUGCAAUUAAAGGCUUAUCUGCACUGUGUUCUUUGCAAUGUAACAGAGAGAGUUUAGUGAGAGGAGGAGCAAUAGAUGGGAUCAUAACAUACAUUUCCUCAUCAGGUUCUGAAAGAAGAAAGAAGAAGUUGGCACCACUGGCAAUGGCAACAGCAGAGAAACUUUUGGAGCUAGAAAGUGCUAAAGUGGCAUUGGUGAAUCACCCAAAUGGUAUUGAAACUCUGGUGAAUAUGGUUUUCAGGGUAUCUGAUCAAGAAAGAAGUGAAAGUGCUGUUGAGCUACUUUUAAUUGUUUGUGGUGAUUUUGGGCGUGCAAGAGAGGAAGCCAUUGGGGCCGGAGUUUUGACUCGGUUGCUAUUGCUUCUGCAGAGUCAGUCUAGUACCACAACAAAAUCAAAGGCAAGAAUGCUGCUCAAAUUGCUAAGAAACAAGUGGAAUGAAGAGCCAAAGCAGACGUAG